AUGCAUCUGAUACGAAAAGGAAACCACCAUUGCUACUCCCAGUUCCUCCUCGCGUACCUCCUGCUCCGAUCCGACUCAGGAGGAGGAGGAGCAGGCAGAGCUGCAAUGGGCUGCUCCUCGUCGAAGCUGGACGAGGAGGCGGCCGUGAAGACCUGCCACGACCGGAAGAGCUUCGUGAAGAAGGCGAUCGCGCAGCGGGACCUGCUGGCCUCCUCCCACGUCGCCUACGUCCAGUCGCUCCGCCGCGUCUCCAUGGCCCUCUUCUACUACUUCGCCGAGGACGAGCACCUGUACCAGCUGCAGGAGUCCUCGUACGUGCACCACCCGGGCUCGCCCGAGAAGGUUCUCGUCGUCAACUGCCUGAGGCCGGCGGGGGCUCCGGUGCAUCCGGUGGUGGAGCAAUGGGAACCGCCUGAAGCCAUUGAGGCCGCCACGAUCGAUAGGUUCUUCGGGACGGAUGAUCCGUUCUUCCGUCCUUCAUCCAUUGAUACGAUGAAUGGCAUACCGGUAUCGCCGCAGCCGCCGAGAUGGGACCACUUUUGGGACCCUUUCUCUUCACUAGCCGAUCAUCCAAAUUAUGGCGUCGAGGAGGUGAAAGACGAUCGAGAAGAUGAACAAAUACCAGAGCUGGAGGAAGAGAGUGACGACGGCGGCGGCGGCGGCGGAGAAGGUGAAGGCGAAGCAGAGGAAGUAGAGGAGAAGGGUGAACCGGCAGCAGCAGCAGCAGCACCGGUGGUGCCGCCGCCGUCGAGGGAGAAGGUGGAUCAUGUGAAGAACGAGCUGAGAGUGCUGGCAACUGCAGAAGUCGAGCAGCAUAAUGGCGCACCCGGUUUCACCGUGUACGUCGACCGGCCACCGGCGAACAUGGGGGAGGCCAUGAGGGACAUCCGGGGCCAUUUCAUGAAGAUUCUUGACACUGCCAAAGAGGUCUCCGUGCUGCUGGAGGUUGUCCCCUACCAGAGGAGAGUUCAACCACCUGUUCCGAGGGACGACGGCGAGGAGCAGGGCGCCCCCGAGGUCCCGCCGGAGCCAUUCGAGCUGUUCCAGAGCCACAAGGAGAGCCUUGACAGGCUCUACGAGUGGGAGAAGAGGCUGUACGAGGAGGUCAGGGCAGGGGAGAAAGUCCGGCUGGCCUACGAGAAGAAGUGCGCGCUGCUGAGGAGCCAGGACGCCAAUGGCGCCGAGCCGUUCGCCAUCGAGAAGACGAGGGCCGCCGUCAGGGACCUCCGGACCAAGCUGGACAUCUCCCUCACCUCCGUCGACGCUGUGUCCAGGAGGAUCGCCGCGGUGCGCGACGACGAGCUCCUGCCGCAGCUCACGCAGCUCAUCCGAGGGUUAGCGAGGAUGUGGAGAGUGAUCGCAGACGCGCACCGGGUGAUGAAGCGCACCGCCGACGACUCGAUCGCGCUACUCACGUCCUCAGCCGCCGCAGCCGAAGCCGCUCGGCCCGUCCCGGCAGGCGAAGGAGGUACCAGGGGCCCGCCGCCGCCCCCGGGCGCAGCGCGCGCGGCCGCGGGCGCGGGCGCGCUCGGGUCGGAGCUCCGCGGCUGGCGGGCCGCGCUCGAGGCGUGGGCCGAGUCGCAGCGCGCGUACGCGGCCGCGCUCUGGGGCUGGGCGCGGAGCUGCGUUAAGGACGGCGAGGACAUGCCGCGCCUGAUCGUGGGGUGGGCGCGCGCGGUGGAGUCCGUGGACGUGGAGCCGGCGACCAGGGCCGUGGACGCGGUCGCGGCCGAGGCGGCCGCCGUCGCGUCGGCCGCGAAGCGGCAGCGCGGCGGGGGCGAGGAGUGGUUCAACGAGGAAGAGGGGAAGAAGGUGGUCUGCGUGGCGCUCGCCGCGGCGCUGGGAGCCAUCGCUGAGGCCGGUGGCUUGGCCGUCUUUGGGUACGACGAGCUGCUGCUGGGGAUGGAGAUGGGAGCCAGGGAACGAGAGCGAGAGAUCGCCGGCAGGGACGAGGAAUGA